AUGAGUUUUCUAAAAAUCCUCCUAACAAGUUUUCUUGCAAAACUUGAGAAACUCUUCUUACAAGUUUUGAGGCAAAACUCAGAUUUAGGUCCCCUACGUUAUUUCCUCGGGAUUGAUGUCGCUCAGUCAAAGUACGGUAUUGCUAUUUCUCAGAGAAAAUAUGCCCUUGAUAUUCUAGAAGAGACCAGACUUACAAAUUGUAAGCCAGUUGACACUCCCAUGGAUCCUAAUGUGAAGCUUAUGCCUAAUCAGGGGGAGCCUUAUCCUGACCCAGGGAGAUAUCGGAGAUUAGUGGGCAAAUUGAAUUAUCUCACCAUGACCAGACCUGAUAUAUCCUUUCCUGUCAGCGUUGUAAGUCAGUUUCUUAACUCUCCCUGUGAGAGUCAUUGGCUUGCAGUUGUUCGAAUCCUUAGAUACAUCAAAAGAUCACCAGGAAAAGGACUUGUUUACAAUGAUAGAGGACAUACAAACAUUGUUGGAUAUUCAGAUGCAGAUUGGGCAGGUGAUGCAAGUGAUAGGCGGUCAACAUCAGGCUAUUGUGUCUUCAUGGGUGGUAAUCUUGUCUCAUGGAAGAGUAAAAAGCAAAGUGUUGUUGCACGAUCAAGUACAGAAGCAGAAUAUCGUGCUAUGGCUCACACCACAUGUGAGCUCUUGUGGCUAAAAUUCUUAAUUCAAGAGUUGCAGUUUUGCAAGGUUGGUCAUAUGGAACUAGUUUGUGAUAACCAGUCAGCUUUAUACCUCUCCUCUAAUCCAGUUUUUCAUGAGAGAACAAAGCAUAUAGAGGUUGACUGCCAUUUCAUCAGAGAAAAGAUCCUCUCCGGUAUCAUCAAGACCUCCUCAGUUUGCUCCAAGGAUCAACUUGCAGAUAUCUUUACUAAAUCUUUACGUGGUCCUAGGAUAACAUAUAUAUGUAACAAGCUAGAUGCAUAUGAUAUAUAUGCUCCAGCUUGAGGGGGAGUGUUAAGAUAAUUCUAUAA